UGCCCCAGAGCAGCGGCAGCGCCUCGUGUUUUUAUUUUUUUAAUGUUUUGCUUCGAACCCUUUCGUGUCCGGAGCUCUCCUCGCCGCCACCUCCGCCGGUCACCGCCGUUGCCUUCCUCCCCAUCAUCACCGGCGUCGGCCUUCCCCUUCCAAUCUCCCUCAGCAAGUCCAGAUUUUUCUCAAUAAGUUUCAAGCACAAUAUGAAAGCAGCAAUUUCGGUGCCGACUCCACUUUGAACCGAAUCUGAUACAAAGCUGCUGCGAAUCCGACCCGUUUGAAAUCCGGUCGGUUCUUUCACCACCUCCUUGAAAAGCCUCUCUGCUUUCGCAUUCGCAUUCGCAUUCGCGUUCGCGUUCGCCUCCAAGAAAAAAGACGACGAGGAGGGCUCUCUGUGGAGUUGCAUCUCACCUCUCCGAUCUUAUCCCUCACGCCGGCGAUCCAUACCAAUGGCGCUCCUCGGAUCCGCCAUCCCUAGCGAGGUUGGUUUGCGCUUGCUGCUUUGCCCAAUUGGUUCUAACAUUGUCACUAGAACAGCUUGCUGUACGGUAGGGAUUGGCUUGCCCAUUUACUCUACGUUCAAGGCUAUAGAGAAGAAAGACCGGAAUGAGCAAGAAAAGUGGCUCUUGUAUUGGGCAGCUUAUGGAUCUUUCAGUCUUGUGGAAGUGUUCUCUGACAAAAUUCUUUCCUGGUUUCCAUUUUACUACCACAUGAAGUUUGCUUUUCUUGUUUGGCUCCAACUCCCAUCUGGUAAUGGAUCAAAACAUUUAUAUGCCAGGCACCUGCGUCCGUUCCUGUUGAAACAUCAGGCUAGAAUUGAUCGUCUGCUUGGUUUCUUGUCCACUGAAAUCGAAAAGUUUAUGAGCGCUCACCAUGGAGAAAUUCAGUUUGUGAAAGCUCUGGUUGUUAAGUGUGCUAUGACAGCUAAUCAGAUGGUGAAGGAUUUGACUCAUCCAGUCCAACCACAAGGGCAGAACAUGAUUGAGGGCCCUAGCCCACCCACAAGACGAGAGACUCAUGAUUCAGGCUCAGAUGCUGAAAAUUGACUUGCAGCAUGCGUACGACUUGGUAGGUCUUUAUCCAUCAUACGCUGCUGCCUGAUGAGGCACUACGCAGUGUAAAUUUUCUGUCUAUAUUUUUUUCUUACCGAAGCUGUGAAUAUCCAUACUGUUUGAAGUAGUUGUCAUUUGAAGUUGGGAUGGCGUACACGGGCCCUGAUAUUUUCUCUUUCCUUGUCGUUACACUGGCCUUGAUCUGUAACGUAGUUUUUAACUUCAAGUUACUGGUUCAGUUUCCUCUCUAG